AUGUCUUGUUCAGCACCUCGGCUCAAGCAGAUCGCCUGUGUACGACGAAAGUCGAACCUUACGCGCAAAGAAUUCUUCGACUACCACUUUCUAGUUCAUGGGUCAAUUUCCGAUGAGCCAACCGAUGUCGACCAAAAACCGCACAAAUACAUUCAAACCCACUUCUUCGAUUCAGCCUUCGGUGAGAGACCGGGUAGCUUGAGAGGUACAGGCAACUAUCCAUGGACCGGUCGUGAUGGUAUGACGGAGCUCUACUUCCGGGACUGGGACCAUCUAAAGGCUUGCUUUGGGUCCGAGUUUGUCAGAACAAAGAUCGGGCCCGACGGUGCGAACUUCAAUGACCUCGAAACAGCAAUUCCAAUGAUGGUUCUCGAGAAGUCUCUGGAGUUUGAGAGCAAUAGGCCGUCAUCUGUGUUGCCCGACGAAGGUUACCAGACUGUUGCAGUGCUCUUCGUAGCGAGUGGCUCUAAAGACAGCGCAGAGCAGCUCGAACAUACUUUCUCGCCGGCCUUGGUCAAUGCGUUACGAAAGCAUGCACAAGACGAGGUUUACGGGUUACAGGCCAACAUCAGCAUACCGUCAUCCCAAUUUGACAUUCGGGCUCACUUUGGCGGCCAGAACAUGCCGGAGUAUCCGGUGACAUAUAAGAUAUACAUGAAGGAUACUGCAUCUGUGACUUCAGUGCGCAAUGCACAGAAAGCAUUCAUAGAGGGGCUGAGUGAGCAAGUUGAUGCGAGCAACACGUUCAUCGCCUUUGGUAAGGAGGGGCUAAUCCUGGAUGUCGGAAACGAGGUCAAGUUUGAUUCCAGUCGCCAGCCACAAAUUCUCUAA